GGGCACAAAUCUGGGGACCCUGCACUGGUCUCUCUGCCCCAAGGAUUCUCAGCCCCGCUGGCUGCAAGGCUCGGACCUCCUGCGCCAGGGCGGACAGCUCUGCGAUGAUGGCUGAGGAGCACACGGACCUGGAGGCCCAGAUCGUCAAGGACAUUCACUUUAAGGAGAUCGACCUGGUGAACAGAGACCCCAAGAACAUUAAUGAAGACAUAGUCAAGGUGGAUUUCGAAGACGUGAUUGCGGAGCCCGUGGGCACCUACAGCUUUGACGGAGUGUGGAAGGUGAGCUACACCACCUUCACUGUCUCCAAGUACUGGUGCUACCGCCUGUUGUCUACGCUGCUGGGCGUCCCACUGGCCCUGCUCUGGGGCUUCCUGUUUGCCUGUAUCUCCUUCUGCCACAUCUGGGCAGUGGUGCCAUGCAUUAAGAGCUACCUGAUCGAGAUCCAGUGCAUCAGCCACAUCUACUCCCUCUGCAUCCGCACCUUCUGCAACCCGCUCUUCGCCGCCAUGGGCCAGCUGUGCAGCAGCAUCAAGGUGAUGGUGCGGAAGGAGGUCUAGAGCCCGGCGGGAAGGCGGGCAGCAGGGCUGUGUUCAGGCCAGGAGCCCCUGGCGCUGUCCCAGAGGGUGGGCGAGCUCCUUCUCCUUAGUGACUGCUCCAUUCCCCCCACCACGCGGGAGCACACCCUGUAGGGAAGCUGGAAAGGAGACACACGGCCCUCACUCCGCCCAGCCCCGCAAUGCCCGGAGCAGCCCGGAGGAAGACGGGGCGCUAAGAGGCAGCUAUGCAAGUCUUUGCAUUCAUGUGCACUGAGAGGGCGUGAGCCAGCUCGGGUCCCCUGUCCACACAGGCCCGAGAAAGCCACCAGCGAC